AUGAAUUUCAAAUCGUUCAUCACUUUGUUCUUUGUUGGCGCCGCCAUGGGUGCCGCAACCCCCUCGGACGAAUCAGCCGCCCCCAAGUUGGAACGCCGUGAUUGUUAUCAGAAUUGUCUAGCCACGUUUUCCGGCCGCUAUUCUCCUGAAGGAUUGCCCGAGUACUGCCGCCGCUUCUGCGCAGCGAAGGCACGCUAUACUUAA